CCCCGCGGCCGCCUCCGCCGCCUGCCCGCAGCGCUGUCCCCCGCGGUUCCGCUCCCCUGGCAGCUGCGCCCGCGCCCGCGCCGCCGCCCGCGCCCUGGCCGAGCGGAGCGCAGCCGGGGAGCGCGGACGCCGUGGUCUUCGCCUUUCUCGCAGCUCGCCGGCGGCUGCCCGCGGCUCCGAAGGAGGCGGACGGUGAGCGGGCGCCCCGGGCGCCCUUUUCUUCUUUCGGUCGGAGUUGAAUCUCUGCUGCCCGAGUCCAGGUGCUGGACUUCCGGACCGACGCGGACGCCCCUCUCCCGCCCGCGGCCGCCUUGUCAUGCUGCCCAAAGUGGAGACGGAAGCGCUGGGACUGGCUCGGUCGCAUGGGGAACAGGGGCAGAUGCCGGAAAACAUGCAAGUGUCUCUAUUUAAAAUGGUGAAUUACUCCUACGAUGAAGACCUCGAGGAGCUGUGCCUGUGUGGAGAUAAAGUGUCUGGCUAUCACUAUGGACUGCUCACCUGUGAGAGCUGCAAGGGGUUUUUUAAGCGAACAGUCCAAAAUAAUAAAAGGUACACUUGUAUAGAAAACCAAAGCUGCCAGAUCGACAAAACACAGAGAAAGCGUUGUCCUUACUGUCGAUUUCAGAAAUGUCUGAGUGUUGGAAUGAAGCUGGAAGCUGUAAGAGCCGACCGCAUGCGGGGAGGAAGGAACAAGUUUGGGCCAAUGUACAAGCGAGACAGGGCCCUAAAACAACAGAAGAAAGCCCUCAUCCGCCUAACGGCUAACGGACUGAAGCUGGAAGCCAUGUCGCAGGUGAUCCAGGCCAUGCCCUCUGAGUUGAGCAUCUCCUCUGCGAUCCAGAACACGCACUCUGCCUCCAAAGGCCUACCUCUGAACCACGCUGCCUUGCCUCCCUCAGACUACGACAGAAGUCCCUUUGUCACCUCCCCCAUUAGCAUGACAAUGCCACCUCCUGGCAGCCUGCAAGGUUACCAAGCAUAUGGCCACUUUCCGAGCCGGGCUAUCAAGUCUGAGUACCCGGACCCCUACAGCAGCUCUCCCGAGUCCAUCCUAGGCUACUCCUACGUGGACAGCUACCAGACCGGCUCCCCGGCCAGCAUCCCGCAGCUCAUCCUGGAACUUCUGAAGUGCGAGCCGGAGGAGCCGCAGGUGCAGGCCAGGAUCAUGGCCUACUUGCAGCAGGAGCAGGCCAACCGGAGCAAGCACGAGAAGCUGAGCACAUUCGGGCUGAUGUGCAAGAUGGCGGACCAGACGCUCUUCUCCAUCGUGGAGUGGGCCAGGAGUAGUAUUUUCUUCAGAGAACUUAAGGUUGACGACCAAAUGAAGCUGCUUCAGAACUGUUGGAGUGAGCUCCUAAUCCUGGACCACAUUUACCGGCAGGUGGUGCACGGGAAGGAAGGAUCCAUCUACCUGGUUACUGGACAACAAGUGGACCACUCCAUAAUAACAGCACAAGCAGGUGCCACGCUCAACAACCUCAUGAGUCAUGCCCAGGAGUUGGUGGUAAAACUUCGCUCUCUCCAGUUUGAUCAACGGGAAUUUGUGUGUCUGAAAUUCUUGGUGCUCUUUAGUUUAGAUGUCAAAAAUCUUGAGAACUUCCAGCUGGUAGAAGGUGUUCAGGAACAAGUGAACGCUGCCCUCCUGGACUACACCAUGUGUAACUACCCGCAGCAGACAGAGAAGUUCGGGCAGCUCCUGCUGCGACUUCCGGAAAUCCGGGCCAUCAGCAUGCAAGCUGAAGAAUACCUCUACUACAAGCACCUGAACGGGGACGUGCCCUACAAUAACCUCCUCAUUGAGAUGCUGCAUGCGAAAAGAGCCUAGGCCACAGCACCCCAGCAGCUCUGCUUUCCAAACAGAAGGAGACGGGGAAGAAGGAGGGAAUUAAAAGAAAUAAAAUACUCUGAAGUGCUCCAAGCAACACAUUAAAGACUUGGUUGGAAGACAGUGACUUUCCAAAGGCAUAAUCAUCAGAUACUUAACGGCAAAUAAAUGAUGUAUCAGGGUAUUUGUAUUGCAAACUGUGAAUCAAAUGCUUCUCCUCCCCAAAGGAUUCCAUAUCAAAGACAUUGGAAGGAAAUGGACUGAGCUCACAGGUGGAUGCCAACACUGUCAGAAUAAAAAAUGGACAGAACAAUUCUUGUAUAUUUAAGCUGAUCUCCGCUAUGAAGAAAUUGAGGAACUGAUCUGCACCGUUAAUUAGGCUUGUACAGGGGGGAUCCUGAGCGUCCCGGAUUCCUCCAUGGUACGGCUGAACGGGACCCUCCGGAGAGCAUCAGCCGCACCUACAGCGGCUGCUCCCUCCACCUUCAAACGCCCCAGCACCUUCUGGCCCUGUGACCACCGAAUCUCUACCAGGGACCUGCGUUCUGCCACACCCAGUAGUGGCUCCACCAGACCGUGAAAAGCCUGGUUUUGAAUGUGUGUGUGUCCUAGACUCCAAACAGCCAGAGAGCGCAGUCUGUCAAUAUGUUGAGCUCGCCAUCUAAAUGGUCAUGUCAACAAGCAGGCAGUGUCUUGCUUCUGUCUUACUCUGAGCCCUCAUUCGUGUUAAGGAAAGUGACUGCAAACUUUUCCAGCAAAUGCUCCCCUAGCUAAAGCCAGUGAAACCUUAUUUCUGCUGCUGUUGCUGAAAUGUGGCUUUCGCAUUGUUGGAUUUCAUUUAAAAAAAAAAAAAAUCUGGCCAAACGGCUUGUUAGGAUGCAUCCGUCUUUCUAAUCAUCGAGGUUGGUAGUUCAUUUAAAAAUAAAGCGUUAAAUAUGUUUUCCUGGGAUGUCAAAACGGUCACAGUCCUAGGUAGUCAAAAACAAAACCGAAGCAUGUUGAGCUAUGCAAACAGGAAACAAAAGAUGAGCUGAUGGAUUCAUUGACUUACGAGUCAUUGCUGUUGCAAUUGAACAUCCCCGAAGCGUAGGGUGAUUGUUACCUAUGGCCUGGAAAGGAAUGAGACAAUGCAGUCUUCCUCAAAGAGCAAAGGCAGGCUGACCUCCCCAGAGCAAAGUCUGCUGUUGAACAAAUAUUGGAGGACACAGCAUUGCAAACAGACUCUCCAAAAACACUAGCAGUAUUAUUAAUUAACAUGCAAUGCCGCAGGUACAAAAGUCUUGCCUUAUUUCAAAAUUCUAAAAGGUAGCUGUGCAGAUGUGGAUCAACAGUUGUUUAAAAUAAAGUAUUAACACUUUAAAGUCAAAAAAAAAAAUACAUCACCCUUUUAUGAUGAAAACUCUCAGCAAAUUGGGUAUAGAAGGAACGUUCCUCAACAAAAUCAAGGGAAUUUAUGACAAACCCAUGGCCAGUGUCCUAUUGAAUGGGGAAAAGUUGAAAGCAUUCCCACUGAGAUCCAGUACCAGACAAGGAUGCCCACUCUCACCAUUACUAUUCAAUGUAGUCCUGGAAGUUUUAGCCAUGGCCAUUAGACAAGAAAAAGCAAUCAAAUAGAUACAAAUUG